ACCGCCCAAUCUACCGCCCUCUGCUUCGUCAGCGGUAUGGACCCACUUAGUUAGCGCGUCGAUAAAAUAGAAUAACGCCCGCCAACCAUUAAGUCAUUGAAAUUAAACACAUUAACCUCCCAUUACACAAGACAUGACCUCCAACGAAGCCACUGACGAAGAUUACUUCCUCCCGGUAGAAAGCCAACGGCCCUUCGGCGCCGGAAUCCGUCGCAAGAAAGUCCAGUUCGUGCGGUCCUCGGAACAUGAGCUGAGUACUACCUCUGCGCCGGCGGCGCAACCUGCCUCCUCGGGGACCAGUAUAGCGAACAAAUAUCUUUCAAUUGUUAUGCCGAAGGAGAAGCAGGUUUCAGAGCCUGGCACGCCCCUUAUGCGUGUGUCUAGGGAUGUUGCAAAUCGUGAUGCGGAGGUGCAGUCGGCUCCGGCUUCGCCUUCUGCCAUUCCUCGCUGCGAUGUGUGUAGCCUUCCGAUUGAUGGGGAUGAUUCGGGACAUGGGGCUGUGAUGGCCGGUGACCGGCCGCAUGAGGCGUCGCUGGCACACCAGGUGUGUUUGUCGCAUUCACAUCCGCCAUCGCAUUUGGAUCGGACGAGGCAUGGACUGAGGUAUUUGGCUGCUUAUGGGUGGGAUCCGGAUAGUCGGUUGGGAUUGGGAGUUUCUGGGCGAGAGGGGAUCCGGGAGCCGUUAAAGGGGCGGUUGAAGGUUGAUACCGUUGGUUUGGGGGCUGAGGGUGACGAUGAGGCGAAGGAGAGUGGUAAGGGUAAGAGCCGGGUGGUUGAGAGGCCAGCUAAGGUGCAGAAGUUAAAUGCGAAGGAGGUAAGGAAGGGAUACUUGAAUGCUAGGAAGAGGGGGGAGAAGUUGCGAGAACAGUUUUUUCAAAGUGAUGACGUUUUAAAGUAUCUGGAGCAGUAGCGGUUAGGAUGGGUUUGGAGUUUGGCGUGAUUGCAAGAUACCCCUUCUAUAUUUAUCUCUUUUCCUUUAUUUGGGUGCGCUGGAUUUUCGGCACUGGAUAGUAUGUUUCAAAUGAUACAUGCAUUAACUACAUACAUGGACAGAAGGUUAUAUCAAAGAGAAGAUAGAACAGGAUA